UGAAAUGGUGCACUAACCAAAGGCUUUUCAGUUCAAUAUCCUCAAACUGGUCUGAACAAACCAAAUUAAAACUUCAAGGUAGGGGAAGUGAAGUAUGUGCCAUUGCUUCUGACUUUUGAGCCCUUCAUUGUGGUUGCAAUCCCCUACUUUAGGCCGACCUUAAGAUAGAUAGCCAAAUCUUGAUAAGUAUAUGUCAUUAAUGAUCUUACGUGUAAUUGAUUCACAACUUAAAUGACCCUGGAGGCCUGGACCAAUAUGACAACUUAAAUUCGGCUUGUUUUCUGGCUCUUUUGUUCUCUAUAGUGUGAGGUGAUGUGUUUUAGUAUGCAUGGGUGAGUUUAUGGAGAUUUCCUAUUGAAUAGAUAUUGGACUUACUGAUGUCUUAUCAGAAUAAAUUGCAUGUUGAGUGUUGACCUAAAGAUACAUUUUCACAGAAAUGUGGCUUUGGGAGAGGAAUGGGCACCUUAGUUUAUUGUAGGAAGAGGAAAAUAGAGGCAAGAAAAGCUCUUGAAGAAUGCUGCUUGGUUGGGGGGGGGGGGGGGAAUUGGGAAGACUUAGAUUCAAAUAUCCUUACAAAAAUAUUUUCUCUAGUUGAUGCGGAAGAGUUGUUCUGGAAUGUGUCUGCUGUCUGUCAAUCAUGGGAGGCAGCAUGUUGGGAUUUGUUGUUUUGGAGCCGUGAUGUUCUUGACCUCAGCGCAACAGGAGCUGGGUUUGGGGGCGUUGUCAAUUUAGUGGAAUUGAGAUCAAUGAAGCAUUCUUCAGGGAGUUCAGGCCCUUUUCUUGGAGGAUUAGAGUCACCCGAAAAGUAUAAUCAAAUGGCUAGGACUUUGAUGAGAAAGCUAAAGAGGAUAUUUGAACAGGAGAAUUGUAUUCAUGGAUGUUCCCUGCAAAGUUGGAGACUUACAAUUCAGACCCUUAUCCUGCCUUAUGAUCUGGAAAUUUCAGACAAGCAUCUUUUGCAUAUUGCUCAGAGAACACCAUGCCUCAAAAAUUUAUUUAAUUAUUUCUCUUGGAUGCCUCAAGGAUAACUGUUAAAGGCUUAUCUAAGGCCAUGCGGAACUGGAAUCUUGUGACAGAAAUGCAUCUUGGACGGUUUAAUGCUACUGGUCGUUAUAAGCAAUUCAUUGAAAAGAUCGGAAGAAGUUGCCAAGAACUUGAAUCCCUUCAUAUACAUGAACGUGAUUUAGCAGUUGACAAAGGCAUUGUGACUGCGAUCUCCAAGCUCUUGCCGAGGCUAAAGAAACUGGAAUUUGAAAGUGUCAAUAUGUAUCCGUCUGCUAUAGAGGCAUUAUUUCAAUUGGAGGAGGUGCAUUUUCAGGAGUGCAAUAAGGUACAUGCUUAUGAGGCCCUACCGGCCACUUCGCGGAUUCAACAUAAGCCUAAUGGUUGUCUGAGUUUUUAUUUGAACUGGACUGUUGAUGGCAGAGGGCGUGCAAACUGGGAAGUUAGACCCCUUUGAUUUCGGUGAGUGGUGGGCAAGCAAGUUGAAGGAAGUCUUUAAUGAGUGGCUUCUAGAGUCUGUUCGGAGUCUUGCAGAGUGAUCAAUGGAUUACCUGUACUCCGUUUUGUUUUCAUGGGGUUUUAUUAUGUGAAACUAGUGUUUAACGGUUUAACCAGGGUGUUAGAAUAAUUAAAGUACUAUCAUGUGUUUCAUAUAAAAUAUCACGCAAUCCCAGUCCUAUGAUGGUAUGACCAUCUCACCCCUACUCAAAGCCCAUAAUAAUAAAUUAAUCUGC